UUCAUGCGUGGUCCUCCUGCUUCAAGAGUUCAUAUACUCCGGACGAUACUGAAGUUGAUUGUAGUCCUUGUGAAAGCAGGGUUUGAGGAGUUUUGGCGUUGAAAGGUGAAUUGAUUCUCUGGAGUAUUGGAUCUGCAGUGUUUCUUCAUAGGUGUUCAUAUCCAAGCAAAGGACCUCAAGCAAGACCAAGAGAAUGUUCGAUAUAUUAUUUGUGAUGAUAUUUGGAUUGUCGGGGCGUGUUCUGACUAAAGAUACAGACACAAAAGGGAGGUUCAGUUCUCCAGUGUUGGAUGUUACUGAAAAGCAGCUUAUUAUAGAGAGAAAUCAGACACUUCAGCUAAACUGCAGGGGACGGUGGGAGCUCCAUUGGGUUUUGCCAUCAGGCGUCCCGAAAGUCUACCACGGCACCCAGAUAGAAGAGACUCAAUGUGGGAAGAAAAAUAACCAGUACUGCAGCCGCCUGACGCUCAGUCCUGCUUUAGCUCAACACACUGGCUCUUACCGCUGCAGGUACCGCCAAAAGCAGCGCAAACAGGCCUCUGUGUACAUCUACAUCACAGAUAGCCAGCGGCCAUUUGUAAAGGUGCAGUCGGAGAUCCCAGAUGUGGUGUACAUGAAGGAGGGAGAGCCGUUGGUCUUCCCCUGCAGAGUCACAAACCCGGAUGCCAAAGUCUCGUUGGUCAAGUUUCCUUUCCACCAGUUAGCUCCUGAUUAUAUAAACAUCAUCUGGAACAGCAGGCAAGGUUUCACAAUCCGUAGUCCCACAUUCUUCUACAUCGGGCUAUUUUCCUGUGAGACUAUCGUCAAUGGAGUCAAAUAUAGCAACAAGUUCUUGACUCACAGACCAGUGAAUAAAAUCCUGGAUGUGUAUUUGAACAGCACGGGUUUGGUCCACACGUUACAGGGCCAGAUGUUAGCACUGAACUGCACCGUUACAGCUGAAUGGAACGCCAGGGUUUCCAUUAGCUGGACGUACCCACAAAAGGCUAAUGGAUCUGCCACUAUCAUCAGACGCAUAUCUAGGAGCCGAACCAACAUGCUCUUCUACAGUGUUCUCACCAUUCCCAGACUGAGCAAAGCAGACAGAGGACUUUACAAAUGUCAUGUAACAAGUGGUCCAUCCAAGCGAGAAACAAAUACCACAGUUAUCGUCUAUGACCAGCCUUUCAUUCGACUCAAGCACAGAGAUGGCCCUGUGGUUCAGGCUUCUGCAGGACAGAAAUCUUUCCAUCUUACUCCAAAACUAAGGGCUUUCCCUGCACCUGAAGUCAUCUGGUUGAAGGAUGGGAUGGUCGCCGCCGAGCGGUGUUCCCGUUACCAUGUAGAUGGGUUUUCUCUGGUCAUUCGGGAUGUUGCUGAAGAAGACGCAGGAAUCUACACCAUCCUUACUGGCAUCCAGCAGUAUGGGCUUUAUCAGAACCUCACACUCACGUUGGUGGUAAAUGUGAAGCCACAGAUUGGAGAAAAGACAGUUUCCUCUCAGCAACCCGGGACUGUCCAGCGAGGCAGCAGACAAGCCCUGCACUGCACCUCUCAUGGUGUCCCACCACCUCAAAUCCAAUGGCUCUGGCAUCCAUGUCCUCCGAAAGGCCUAUGCAAGAAGCCCCCUACUUCGUCCUGGACUGCAGUCAGCGAGAAGACAGAAGCCACAUCCACCCCCAAUCCCAUCCUGACCGUCAGCCACAGACAGGAAGUGUUAGAAGGGAAGAAUAAGACUGUAGGAGUUCUGACAGUUGGCGAAGCAUUGAUAUCUGGCAUCUAUCGCUGUGUUGCAGCAAACUUAAUGGGCAGAGAUGAACUAGACAUCCGUUUCUAUGUCACAGAUGUCAAAGGAGGCCUUAUUGCGUCUUUGGAGGAAGAGCCCAGAGAGGGAGGGGACCUUCGUCUGGUCUGUAUAGCCAAUAGGCACCUCUAUUCAGACCUGUCAUGGUAUAGAUUAACGAAUCAAUCCACCACAUCAGAUGGAGCUUCAGUUCUCGGCGGGGAGCUCAAAGAGGGGCAGUUCUCUCACACUCUGCAGCUUCUGCUGAAGAAUGUGACUGCACAACACACACACACACACACACACACACACACACACACACACACAUUCAUCCCCUUUGUCUCACACUGUACAGUUCUGCAGGCACCGGUGCGGCUGCGAAAUCUGAGCGAUCACAGUGUUAACGUAAGCAACUCGGUCACUCUCCGCUGCCCCGCUCGGGGAAUUCCACAUCCCAGGAUCACAUGGUAUAAGGACCAAAGAAAGAUGCAGCGGGUGUCUGGUAUUAUGCUGUUUCCAGAGGAAGGGACUCUUCAUAUCGACCGAAUUACAGUUGAAGACCAGGGACUUUACACCUGUAUGGCCACCAAUGAGAGAGGGUCUGUGGAGAGCUCCGCCCACAUUUGGGUUCAAAGUUCAUCUGAAUCACUUUCUCUGGAGAUCCCGACUCUAGCAUGUACAUGCGUGGUGGCCACUCUCUUCUGGCUGCUUCUCACACUGCUGAUUCGCAAACUCAAACAGCCAAACUCCACUAAUGGCAAAGCAGAGUACCUGCCAAUCAUCCUGCAUCCAGGGGAGGAGCCUCUGGUUGAGAACUGCAACAGAUUACAGUAUGAUCCCGCCCAAUGGGAGUUUCCACGUGACCGCCUUAAACUAGAAAAGCCCCUGGGGCGAGGGGCAUUUGGCCGAGUAAUGCAGGCCUCAGCUUUCGGCAUUUGCAAUUCAGCCAGCUGCACCACAGUGGCCGUCAAAAUGCUUAAAGAUGGCGCUAUGCCCAGUGAACACAAGGCUCUGAUGACAGAACUGAAGAUCCUCAGUCAUAUUGGGCAUCACCUCAAUGUGGUCAAUCUUCUAGGUGCAUGUACCAAACCAGGAGGGCCUCUGAUGAUCAUAGUUGAAUACUGUAAAUUUGGCAACCUGUCUGCGUACCUUAAGAGCAAACGAGAGGUGUUCCUGUUGAACAGGGAGAACAGAGAAGAAGAGGGAUGCAUGAAGGAGGGAUAUAAAGGACGAUUGGCCAGUGUGUCCAGCAGCCAGAGCAAUGCCAGCUCAGGGUUUAGUGAGGAGAAAGGAGAGAUCUCAGAGGAGGACAGUGGUUCUCUUCCUGAAUCCAACAACCCUCUGCUGCUUGAAGACCUGAUUUCUUACAGCUUUCAGGUGGCCAGAGGAAUGGAGUUUCUCGCUUCUCGCAAGUGCAUUCAUCGUGACCUUGCUGCCAGAAACAUCCUGCUGUCCAACAACAAUGUGGUGAAGAUCUGUGAUUUUGGCUUGGCCCGAGAUGUGUACAAAGACCCAGACUAUGUGCGCAAGGGAGAUGCACGGUUACCACUGAAAUGGAUGGCACCUGAAUCGAUCUUCGACAAAGUCUUCACCGCUCAGAGUGACGUGUGGUCAUAUGGAGUUCUGCUCUGGGAGAUCUUCUCACUUGGAGCGUCUCCGUACCCGGGGCUGAACAUUGAUGAGGAGUUUUGUCACAGACUGAAGCAGGGGACUCGGAUGUGUCCUCCUGAGUACAGCACCCCGGAGAUUUACAGCAUUAUGAUGGCAUGCUGGGAAAAUAACCCUGAGAACAGACCUUGUUUCUCUGCUCUUGUGGAGAUACUGGGAGACCUCUUGCAGACCUGCGUCCAACAGGAUGGAAAAGAUUAUAUUCCACUGAACGCUUUUAUUUCUGGAGAAGGAAAUACCGUCACGGCGCACAUCGACCAGAAAGACAUAAGCCAGAAAACACUGGGAACUUCAAGCUACAUCAGCUCUGGGAAAAUCAAAGCCAUCAGCACUUUUGAGGAUCUACACAAAGAAAUCCCUGAUGACAACCAGUCUGACAGUGGAAUGGUUCUCCCGUUUGAAGAGUUGAUUCGGGUGAAGUGGAUGGAUAUUGCCAAAAACAUCACUAAGUUCUUCUCCAAAGGUCAAAACCAGCACAUGAAGCUGCCUGCAAAAGUGCUGCCUUGUAUGAAUAGCGCCCCCUGUUGUCAUCAGAGGGAGGUUCCUCCUGUGUGUUACUCUCAGAGGUGCUGCUCUCCCCCACCAGACUAUGAAGCUGCUCUCCUCUACCCCCGUUUCUAACUCUCGUGUCAGCCAAGCUGCCUGUAAACACCAGUCAACAUCUGUUACCACCACCACAAAAACACUGCUUAUCUCAACUCUUUUGCUUUCAGUACCUUAUUGUGCGAGGUUUGUCCGGUCAAAGCAGUUUCUGACUGAAUCUCUGCACAUUCCCACACCUCUUUACCCAAUGAACUUCUGUGAAUCUUUUAAUCACUCAUAAUUACUGGU